AUAAAAACAGAUUUUCUAGGUUAAUAUAUGAAUAGAAUGACAGAGUAGAUGAAAGUCGUCCAUCAAAUGCAGUGAUUGUCAUCACUAAUUUAAAUAUCAACAAAGCGCUAAUUUAUUUGAAUACGUAAGAUAAAAGGAUCAACUUGUACAUUAUAGAUAUACUGUACAAGAGUGAUAUAUUUAGAUUGUUCAUUUCUAUAGCUCACAACUAAUGAUAACAAAAUUCUGUUUCCUUGGACAAACAAACAAACAAAAAAAGAAACUUUUAGAUAAAACGAAAAGGAUUUUUAACAUUAUGUUAUGGCCAUACAAUCGUGAAGAAAUUUAGAUUUUGAUUUCUACCUUGCAAAAUUAAUUUCUUAUUUCAUUUAUUGAGACCCUCUCUGUAUUUGAAGUUCAUUUAAUAUGUUGUCCACUAGAGGGAAACCUCGAGCUGUCCGUUGUCUGAUCGCACAAGAAGCCAACAACUACCUGUUGGAUCACACCGUGAGCUGUAAUUUACUUAUUAAAUAAACAAAAUCAUGAAGGGGGUGAGAAAAGAAAUAACAACUAAACAUUUAACGAUGAAUUAAUCUGUUCAAUAAGAUGACAUAAUUAGAUUGUGUCUGUGUGUAAGAAUUGAAAUAAUUUUCACCAGAUUAAACAAAACAAAACAAAAAAUGUCUAGCGUGAAAUAACAGAUAAUUGUAUUUAAUGAAUGUUCAAUGCACCUCAACCUGGAGGGAAAAUAAAUAGGGUUAAUUAAGCAGGGUUGUUGCUCUCCUUUCUCUUUGCCGCACAAACACUUGAUGAGCCUGCCGCGCUAAUUAGAGGGAGCCGGGGAUUCAAUAAAUGAUGCGUCAGCCCUCUGCAGGCAAAGAGUUAACUCGGUCAGCCUGUUGUUCUGCGCUCCGUCCAACCGGGCUGUGUCGCUAAGGGAAAAGAGGCUGCGCUUCAGGAGGUGUAACACAUCCCCAGCUGCAAAGCGAGCUCACAUCUGGCGCGCCAGAAGAGCCCGGUUUUUAGCGCAACCUGUCUCUGAGUAGUUCCUCUGAGCUGGAUCAGCGUCCCCGUGUGUAUGAGUGGAGAGAGGUGGAAAGUUGACACGGAUUAGAGCUGGAGGUCGGAUUUGGUCUAAAACGGAGAGAUUCGUUUUGGAUAGGGCGCGCUUGGUUUGCGUAAAAAGCCAACUGCGUGUAAAUAAACCAAAGGAAUCACCUGCAGAGUACGGAACAAAUCAGCUGAAAACAUCUGAACCGUGGUGAGGUCUCCCACAGGUGGAUUCCUUCACUUUUAUCCGCUCGUUUCUGUUUUCUGGCAGCAGAAAGUCAUGGGUCACUGACUCUGACGUGAGGACGCACCUUCCUUCUCUCAGCCUUCUGAUCAGACCAGCGGCCAGCAGCGGGAAGCAGCGGGGAGCAACAAGCUUCUAAAUGAUCAGCUCUGUGUGCGUUUCGACCUACCGAGGGCGCAAGUCAGGAAACAAACCUCCGUCUAAAUCAUGUCUGAAGGAGGAGAUGGCCAGUGGGGAGGACUCGGAAAAAAUCAUCAUCAACGUUGGCGGCACCCGGCAUGAGACCUACAAGAGCACCCUGCGGACGCUGCCGGGGACGCGCCUGGCCUGGCUGGCCGAACCGGACUCCCAGGGCUGCUGCUCCGAAUCGGACGCCGAGCUCCCGAGCGUUUCCGAGUUCUUCUUUGACCGACACCCGGGCAUCUUUGCCUAUGUGCUCAACUACUACCGGACCGGGAAGCUGCACUGUCCGGCGGACGUGUGCGGCCCGCUGUUCGAGGAGGAGCUGGCCUUCUGGGGGAUAGAUGACACCGACGUGGAACCGUGCUGCUGGAUGACCUACCGGCAGCACCGGGACGCGGAAGAGGCUCUGGAGAUAUUCGAGCCGCCCGACCCGGAGGACACAGACGACGACAGAGACACGCCGAGACGGUUCGGCAUUGAGGACCGCAGCGACAGGUCCAGGGGGUGCUGGGAAGUUUGGCGACCCAAACUGUGGGCCUUGUUUGACGACCCGUACACCUCCAAAGCAGCCAGGGGAGUGGCAAUCAUCUCUCUCUUCUUCAUCCUGGUGUCCAUCACUACGUUCUGCUUGGAGACGCAUCAGGCCUUCGACGUAAAACAAAACAUUACAGAGCUUGUCACAGAGGGAAAUAUCACGCGAAUGGAGAUCAGGGAUGAGACCGUCACCAACUCAAAGCUCAUCAUGGUGGAGGGAAUCUGUGUGGUGUGGUUUACCUUCGAGUUCCUGGUCCGAAUCAUCUGCUGUCCAAACAAACUGGCCUUCAUCAAGAACACACUCAACAUCAUUGACUUUGUGGCCAUCCUGCCUUUCUACAUGGAGAUGAGUUUGAGGGGUCUGUCAUCCAAGGCGGCCAGCAACGUGCUGGGUUUCCUCCGCGUGGUGCGCUUCGUGAGGAUUCUACGGAUCUUCAAGCUCACGCGUCACUUUGUGGGCCUGCGCGUGCUGGGUCACACGCUGAGGGCCAGCGUCAACGAGUUCCUCCUGCUGAUUAUCUUCCUCGCAUUGGGAGUGCUCAUCUUUGCCACCAUGAUUUACUACGCCGAGCGCAUUGGAGUCACCUACAACCCCAAGAUUAAAAACCACUUCAAAAACAUCCCCAUCAGCUUCUGGUGGGCGGUGGUCACCAUGACGACGCUGGGCUACGGGGACAUGUAUCCACAGACAUGGCUGGGUAUGAUGGUGGGGGCGCUGUGUGCUCUGGCCGGCGUGCUGACCAUCGCCAUGCCCGUCCCGGUCAUCGUCAACAACUUUGGCAUGUACUACUCGCUGGCUAUGGCGAAGCAGAAGCUGCCGAAGAAGAAGAAGAAGCACACCCAGAACCGAGACGCGCCGACCGACUCGGCCUCCUUUGUGAAAUCGGAAACAAACUCACACAUAGACAGCACUCAGAGCGACACGUGUCCGCUGGCGGCGGAGGAGAGCAGCAGCAGGAACCGCUCAGACUCCAAACAGAACGGGGACGCGAAUGUGGCCCAUUCAGACGAGGAAGGCUGCAGUCUGACCCAGCCGCUGUCCCCCAGUGAGAAGUGGUCGCUGCACUGCUCCAGAGGACGAGGCAAGAACAAGGAGGGCACCUGCUUCAUCCUAACGUCGGGAGAGCCCAGCAUCCACGUUGAAGGCUGUAGAGAUAUUCUCGGUACCACUGGAAACUACACCCAGCCGGAGGUCACCACUCUGACCUAACGAAGGAGGUGGAAAUGUGAAGUCUGCUGUCCGAUCCCUGCAGUCGAAAAAUACCGUAGAGCCACAUAUUGUACAUCAAGAUGAAUCAUUUCUGUUUCCUCCUGUAACAUAUUUGAUCAAGAGUAAAUAUGUACAGCCAUAUUUGCGAAGCACUUUGCAUGUAUUGCAUGACCUAACAUGGUACUAGAGUUAUACCAGAAACACUUACAAUACACUGGACAAUAUAGCUCCUUUUAAGGGCCCGGAAGCCAUUUAUUUCUGCAUACUUAUGCGCUACAGGCUCAUGAAACCUCAGACAGUUCCCCCUCCAAAGGAAAUUGUUCUAUUUUUUUUUUUACAGUUCAAAGUGGUAAAACCCCAAAUUUUAUUAUUUCUGUUGCGAGAAUCAUUUUCCUCCAGUACAGCAACAUUACACAGUAAAAAACAAAACCACAAUUAUUUAAAGAAAGAGAAAAACAAAAAGCACCAAAGUUAUGUAAGCACUUUUGUUCUUCUUCUUUCAGCAUGGCAAUACAUCUUAUUCUAAAAUGUGAUAUUAUAUAAGUAAAUUAAGUAAGAGGUCAGCUGGCCGCUAAAUAACUAACUAACUAAUUUAGGUCUUAAACUCCAAGCAAGAAACUUAGUAAAGAACUUUGAAUUUGUUUAAAAUAAUUUACAAUCCAAACAAAAACUGUCCUCACAGUGACUGCUAUUUAUUAGUUUGUGUAGUUAAAUCUUUUUU